AUGGCCGCGCAAGGACUCGCAGAUGGCAUUUCGACCAUCUAUGGCGUGCCCACCAAGUAUAUAUCCUUAAUGAUCCUGGUCGUCCAGAACUCUACCCUGGUUCUGACCAUGCGAUAUUCUCGAAUCCUACCGGGUCCACGAUACCUGAGCUCUACAGCAGUGGUGCUUUCCGAAGUCAUCAAAUGUAUAAUAUGUCUCGCCAUUCACCUACGCGACCAACAAUCAGCGCACCGCUACUCACAAUUGCCCACUCUGUCGGACGGAGCCUCUCCGUCCCACAGCUCAUCACGCUAUAGCAUGCGUCAAUUGGCCACCGAUAUCUUCUCCAUCAAAAGCGGUUUCCCUAAACUACUUGUGCCCGCCAUCCUCUACACUCUUCAGAACAAUCUACAGUUUGUCGCAGCCUCAAAUCUCGAUGCGGCCACUUUCCAGGUUACUUAUCAAUGCAAGAUUUUGACAACUGCGCUAUUUGCAGUCUUAAUGCUGGGUCAAUCUUUGUCGCCUAAGAAGUGGCUGGCCCUCUUUAUCCUUACCGCAGGAGUUGCUUGUGUGCAAAUCCCCUCUUCAACCACCACAACCACUCCUGUUCACCAGGGCAACUAUUCUUUAGGAAUUAUUGCUGUUGCUGUUGCCUGCGUUUGCUCUGGCUUUGCGGGUGUCUAUUUCGAGCGGGUUCUCAAAGGUGGCCAGAGCACAACCAUCUGGGUACGCAACAUCCAACUGAGUGUUGGCUGCCUGGCCAUCGCUCUUUUUGGAGCAUUUGUUUGGGAUGGCCAGGCCAUCAGGACCAGUGGGUUUUUCCAAGGCUACAACCCCGUGGUUGCCUUCACCAUCUGUGUUCAGGCUGCCGGAGGCUUGAUCGUUGCCAUGGUCAUCAAAUAUGCCGACAACAUCUUGAAAGGCUUUGCAACCUCACUCUCCAUCAUCCUUUCGACAGUUGCCUCAAUUUUUCUUUUCAAUUUCGUUCCUACCAUCUACUUCUUACUCGGCUCGAUUUUGGUAUUCCUUGCAACCUAUCUUUACAGUAUGCCUGACAAAGCGACAGCCGUCGAGACCAUCUCCAAUGAUACAGAGAAGGGCCCAAUCCUCGUGGUCGAUGACUACGAUGCCGACAGCUCCAUCGUCAAUCAAGAGGUCAACAAACCUUUCCGAGACGAAAGUGACCGUGAGUCUGUCGACGACGAUAGCCAUGACGGCUCCAGCAUAUACGAGCCUGACGAUGGUCACAAGAGUCGAAACUUUUCCCCUUCCCUGAUUCAGCACCCCACCAUGGAGAAACAAGUUUACUCGGAACUCGAUCACGUGGCAUGA